AUGGCAAAGUUUCUGAACGCUAUUGCAGUCCUCGGCGUACUUUUACCGUUUACUCAAGCGCAGUCCAGCUUCAUCGAUGACUGCACAACGUUCAAUUCAAACUUAUAUACGAAGGCCAAUUGGGCUGCAGGGCUGGGUUCGGUGUUGUCUAGCAAUGUAAACCCCAGUGGAGGAGGCGUUCUCAACUUUGAGAUUCCCGUUGGCACCCGAAAUGGGGGCGAGAUUGUUUCCAAGGCUCAAUAUUCCUAUGGACAAGUAGAAGCUCAGUUCAAAGUCCCAAAUCUACCUGGAGUUAUCUCUAGCAUCUUUAUGUAUCAGGGGACUUCUACUAGCGAUGAGAUUGAUGUCGAGGUAUACUUGAACCAGGGCAAAUGGGAGAUUGCAUUCACCAUCUAUCGCCUAGGAGUCAAGGAAUGGUCUCAUGGGUACUUUCCAACCUGGGAUCCGAGCGCUGGCUACAACGAUUACAUGAUUGACUACCAAGAAGCCGCUAUCUCUUUCUAUGUUAACGGCGCUUUGGAAGCUCAGUUCCAUACACCUUCGCAGCAGCCAACUCACGCGAUGAACAUUCAGCUUAAUACUUGGUUUCCUGCAUGGCUGAACGGUGCUGCAGCAUCGUCUACCCAGUUUAUGCAAGUCAACCAGAUAUCAUAUACGCAAUCUUAA